AUGUCUUCUGCAUUACAGAGACGACGACGCAAGCCGCAAGAGCUGCUCCUCCCUAAUGGCAAGAAGAUCAUUGUGACGCUGCCCGAGGACCUGGAGGAUAUUCGCCGGCAAUAUCAGGGGGACAACGAUACCCAAGUAGAGGUAGUUAUUCACGGCUCCAUAGAGCACAGUCAAUACCUCCGCCAAUCCCGAGAUCACCAUGAGGAGCGCCGGCAGUUGUUGCGAGAACAACACGGGCCCGCAUUUGAAGAAUGGGAAGACGUCCAAACUCAGCUUUCAUCGGUGACCGCAGAACUGGAACGCCUGGAGAACCAAGCAUCAGGAUUAUAUGGCAACUUUAACAAGUUUGGCUACGACGCUGCUGUGCGAACCUACAAUGACGAAGAUCCGCCUGUUACUUCUUCACAUACUUCCAUCUCGGAGAAAUCCCGUGGGCAGCGUGAAGAGAGUGACCGUCGCGGUGAGACCACUAAGCUAUUUAAGCGGCCUGUGAUUAGACAAUGGUUUCACCAAGGUUUAUUAUGGAGAACAUCAGAGCAGACGGAAAUCAUGGCCAUUGAACUCUUUUUGGAUCUCGUAUAUGUUGGCAUCAUUCAUUCCAAUGGCGAGCACAUGGCAGAAGAAGCGACCGGGUACGAGCUGCUCCGUUUCGUCAUCACAUUCGUCAUGACAUGGAGGAUAUGGACAAGCAUUACUCUUACACUCAGCUGGUUUGAGACAGACGACGUUGUCACCAGGUUGGAGAUUUUGUUCUGCAUCUCAACUCUCAUUGGAUUUACUACAAACAUGACGCAUAUCUUUGUCGAAGACCCGGCACAGAACACCUACGUACAACUCGUCUCUUUCUACCUCGCCGCGCGAGUCUUUACCGCGAUAUUCUACGGCAUAACCGCCUAUCUCUUACCCAUGAUCAAGGGCGUCAUGAUUUGCCAAAUCAUCGGCACUAUUAUCCCAACGGCUUUGUGGAUCGCCAGUAUCCACGUCGACAUGCCCGGUCGCCUGGGAUUCAUCGUUCCGGCGCUGUUCCUCGACAUGUACGGACACGUCUUCUUCCUUGGUCUCUUCCUAUAUGGCCAAGGCAAAGCCCCCGAAGGUGUAUGGAAGAAGCGUCUCGGCGGCAUGUUUGAGUUUUAUCCCGCUAUCAGCAUCGAACAUCGAGUGGAAAGGAUGAACGCAUUCGUAUCUCUGGUUCUCGGUUAUUCGGUGGUUGCGAUUCUCUUCCAGAGCCAAGGCGGCUACAACAUCAAUGCAUUUCUAGGGAAGGCCAUACUUGGCUUGAUGCAAGCCUUUACGUUUAACUGGAUUUACUUUGACAUUGAUGCCAGCAACUUGAGUCUGCAUGCUAUUCGACGUUCUCGAAUUUCAGCGGGAGUUUGGGAGUUUGCCCAUUUACUGUUCGUAAUGGGCUACAUCGUCGCCACGUCUGCUCUAUCCAGACUUGUGUUGGCGACGGACGUUCCAGACACCAACCCGGAACAACUCGCAGAGCCUUACCGAGAGAGCGCUGAAGACCACUUCAAUGCGGGCGUCCGUUUCUUCUACUGCUACGGCCUCGCCAUUGCUCUUCUUGCCAUGGGAGCCAUCUCCUUUUCGCAUGAGCACAUGAACCCUCCCACCCUUCAGCUGCACAAAAACAUCAGGCUCGCAAAUCGCGCCGCCGCCUGCAUUGCCAUGUUCUUUUUGCCACUGGCUCAUUCGCUUCGGUCCCUUGAUCUGAUAUCCGUCACACUGGGCUUGUCGAUAUGGGUGCUCGUCGUGGAGCUGUGGGGAAAGUCAUCUACUGAUGACCCCUUUAUUGGCGAAAAGAAUGGCUGCUGCGUGACGUAUUAUGCGAAUUGCAAGAAGAAAGAUCUCAAAAGGAUGACUAUAUCGGAUGAAAGACGGCCAAACGGGGAGAUAUUGGAGCUGGGUAGAGGAGAGAAGACGGCAAUUUAG